AAAAUAACUCGCAAUUUCGUACCGUUCCUUAAGUUUCCAAUUUCACUAUCCAAAUCAUUCAAGUUUCUUAAUUUUCAGUCGAUAUAGAAGAUGUCAGGAAGAGGAAAGGGAGGCAAGGGACUUGGCAAGGGAGGGGCGAAGCGCCACCGUAAGGUCCUCCGUGACAACAUCCAGGGCAUCACAAAGCCGGCAAUUCGACGCUUGGCCCGUAGGGGAGGAGUCAAACGUAUCAGUGGCUUAAUCUACGAGGAAACCCGUGGAGUUCUCAAGAUCUUCUUGGAGAACGUCAUUCGCGAUGCUGUCACCUACACCGAACAUGCCAGGAGGAAGACGGUGACCGCCAUGGAUGUGGUUUAUGCUCUGAAGAGGCAGGGUAGGACUUUGUAUGGAUUUGGCGGUUAGUCGAUUUAGGGUUUAGGUUUGUAAUUAGGGGAAUCCUUUAGGGCUUAAUCGAAACUACAAGUUGGGUCUUGUUGUUCGAUGUUAUGAUUUGUAGCCCGUGCUAUCAAUUUCAUAUUUUAUUGGAAUAUGAAGAAUUAUUUUAGUGUCUGAGUUUUCUAUAUUGAAA